UUCUUAACCUUUUAUUUUUAACUUUUUUUUUCCCUCUUGUUAACACUAUACCAUUUCAAUUGUUUCACUUCUUCCUUUCCCUUCCCAAUGGUCUUUUACCACUCACAGAGCUUAGAAAACAAACCUCCCCAGAAGAAAAUAACCCCACAAUCGGGAAGAAAAACAAACCAAAUCAAUACAAUGACGAAUUCCAAUAUGUGUAUAGUGGCGGCUAAUCCAUGUUGGAUAAUAACCUUCCCGCUCAGCGAUGAUAACCCUUACUACUUCUACCAAUUAUUCUUUUAUCUUCAGUUUAUUUUCCUUUUAAUCCCGUUUUUUUUUUAUUUCCCUGUGUCACAACGCAACAAUCCCCGAGUGAUUGAUUGCUUCUUCUAGAUUCAGCUUCAGAUGCAAGUUCUGGUUCCCUUUUCUUCCUUUUUUUUUCUUUUUCUAUGGUCAAUUCAAUAGGACACGACAGGACGGAUGUUUCUUAAACC